AUGGCCUCAUCUGAUUUGCUGUAUCCAAUAUUCUUGGUACCGUGGAACCUGUCAAACUUGCUCACCAACUCGUUUCGUAUCGGUGGUCAGCUUGGCCAGGCCUUGUGUAAGCUUUUCUUUUUCUUUAUUAGCGCUUCCUUUGUCGUUUCUAUUCAGAAUCUGAUUCUGAUAGCAGUGGAUCGCUUUGGAGCCGUGGUAUUUCCACUCCGUUCCCCACUCAUCGGAUCCAAGCUGUGCCGCUUCUUCAUUCUCGCCACGUGGAUAGUUGCCGUAGCUGUCAGUUCGCCACACUUGUUCGCCAGCGAGUUCGUUGAAAACUCCGAGGGAACCUGGUGUGUUACGAAAUGGAAGAAAGUAUUUGGAGAGUCAUCGUCCUAUGCCAGUUUCCUACUGGCUAAACACAUUCUGUUUAUUUACAUACCUGUGCUCUUCUUAGUAAUUCUUUACCCAAUCAUUGUUAUCAAGCUCAAGACACAGGCACACCCAGGUGAACAGUGGACCAACAAUCAGCAACAGUGGAAAAGAAGAAACAGAAAAGUACUUCAAAUGUCCAUUGCUAUCAUAACAGUGUUUGUGUUUUGCUGGUUACCUCUCUCUAUCAACUUUUUAAUCACAGAGUAUCAGGACAGUUCUACGCUUUCCUCGUGUAGUUUUUGGAUAUACGAUGCAGUCACCAUUUAUAUGGCUAACGCGUACUGUGCUAUCAACCCGAUUAUCUGUUUUAUGGUUAGCAGUAAUUACCGAAAAGCUCUUAAAAGACUCAUAAAAUGUUCUUUAGUACAGGCGUAGGUCGUAAAAAUGUGCUUUUGGUUGAAGAUGUCAAGAGUUAG